CGAUUUUUUUUCAAUUUUUUCUUCUCGUUUGCCACAACAACACAACAGCAAAGAGGACCGAAAGGGACCAGCAGUGGUCACAUAAAGAGUGGGCAUUGACACCGCAUUGUCCUACAAAUCGCCCUAUCAUGUUUAAUUCCAACCACCUUUUGGCCUCGCUGCAUUUACUGGUCGUCCGAGUGGCCGUCCUCCUGUUACUGGCCACGGCAGUGGCUGCCAAAGGUGGCGGACGUGGAGGCAGCAGCAGCAGUUCUGGUAGUCGCGGUUCUGGCAGCAGCAGUGGCAGCUCGUACAAUAGUGGUGGUCAUUAUUAUGGUAGCAGCGGUGGAGGAAACAGGGCAUGCGACAAGACUUGCGGAAUUGUUCUUGCAGUCGUCUUUUCGUCGAUUGCCGCCAUCACAGUGUGUCUGUGUUUUGUUCCAUGUUUCUUGAAACGGAAACAGUGGGAGAGAUCCUGUGACGACGCAGAACGAUCUGUUCUGGAAGAUGCCACCAAAACCCAGUAUGGCAGCAGCAAACCUGUGGUCCAUUACAGCACUUGUUCUUUUUCCGCCUCAUAUACUGACUCCACCUAUGAAAAUGGGAGCAAAACCCUACACUCCACUGGAACCCUCAACUUUGCAACAUGGGCUUCUUCGCCAACUAUUCAAGUAAAAUCAAUCAAUGGCAAUGGCCGUGAUACCGAUGGUACCUACACCAUUACCCGAGGAGCUGUUUCUAUUUGGUCAGGGAAGGCUUGUUGGAUUGAACAAACCUCAGGUAGCAGCACACAGUCUUUGGUGACGGGAAAGUUUUUUACCACCCCUGGGAACCCCAGACCCAUGUUUGCUGGAUCAUUCAAAUGCAACAAUGGAGCCAAGGGGUCCUUUUCCCAAUUUAAUCUCGACGUCAACAACAACGCUCCUUCGAUGGGCUCUGCCCAACCUCCAAGAGCCCACAUGGACGUCAAUUUAGUCAGCACGGCAGCUGCAUCCGUUAUUCCCACCCACCAACCACCGGACGUUGAAGGGGGGGUUGAGGCAGUAUAUGGCGGAAUGCCUGUUGCCAUGGCCCAGCCAAUCGGGAAUUCUACAACAACCAACACAGCCACAACGAUUUCCACAAACUUCCAUAUACCAUCCAUCUUUGCUCCUGCUACGUCAUCCUAUCAACCCGCGUACAACCCACCAGCUGCAGCACCCUCCUACCAACCAUCGCAGCGGCCUAUCAACCGAGUUACACUCCCUCUGCCCCAUCUCCCUCCGACAAUAUUCCCUCCAUCUUUAGGCCUCCAACGUAGUGCUGUACCGUACUGCAGGAAGUGCGCAACUAAGUCUGUUUUAAUCAGAACAAUAAGUCAUAAAUAUUGGGAUACUCAUGGUUUAUUCCUUGUAAGGAUUGGCUCCUGGCUAGAUGACGGCACAGAACAGCACAAUCACUAGAGCCAAAUACGGCCAGCUUAUCUGCCCUACCGGUGGGAGGUGCGCACUUUGUCUACAUA